ACGCUCUCUGUCUGGAUUUAAAGAUGGGCGGCACGUUGCUCUGUGUGCCGGGUGUAGUACUUCUCGGUGUACUCCUCUGCAUUGGAAACCCGACAGCCAAAUCAAGGCCUGUCCUGAUUGUGUCUCCGUCGUGGCUGAGUCCUGGAGCCUCAGUGACGCUGAACUGUGAGGUUAAACCUUCAUCAGAAGAAUGGAGGUUCUACUGGUAUCAAGCUGUUCCCGAAGUCUCCCAGAACAAAUACAAAUACGAGCCGGUGCCCGGCAGAGCCGACGGGACCGAAGAGGACUUCUGCAGAAUCAAAGGCCAGACGCACACAGCAGCGUAUGUGUGCAGAGCCGGGCGAGGAAUCCCGGAGGUUUUCACUCCGUACAGUGAAAUGAAGUUUGUCUGGUCAGGAGUGUCUUCUUCGGCGGCGUCUCUCCUGCUGAGCCCGAUGAAAGCAAAGCACUACACGGUCGACGAGAUCCAACUGACGUGUCGCGGCGCCUCUGCCGUCUGGAAAGUGAGGCGGUUCAGGCAGUACUACCCGUCCGACUUGUCGGACUGCUCCGUCUGGGGCAAAAUGGCGGGACCCACGUGCACCUUCAGCAGCCGCUGGUACCAGAAAGCGGUGUACUGGUGCGAGUCUGGUUCCGGAGAGUUCAGCAACGCAGUCAACAUCACCAUACACCCGCCCAGGGCGGUCCUGACUGUGUCCCCACCAUGGCUGAGUCCCAAAGCCUCAACAACUCUGAGCUGCCAGGUGGAGCCUCCGUCGCCGUUGUGGAGGUUCUACUGGUACAGAGCUGUUCCCGACCAGUCGAAGUACAGCUACCGAUACGACCCACUGCUCGGCACUCAGAAGGGCACCGCAAAGAACACGUACGUCACUCUGGGACAGAAGCACACGGCGGGAUACGCCUGCAGAGCCGGAAGAGGAAACCCGGAGAUCUUCACUGAUUACAGUAAAAUCACACUGAGCUGGUCCGGAGAGUCUCAUCCGACAGCUUCCCUCAUGGUGAGUCCUGCCAGGGAGAAACUGUUCACGGGCGACGAGAUCCAGCUGAAAUGUAGCGGGACCCCCGGCCUCUGGAGAGUGAGGCGGUUCAGACAGUCGUCCUACAACUCGGACGUUUCCGACUGCUUCAGCUGGGGGACCAUGUCCGGCUCCUCGUGCACCUUCCACAGUCGCUGGCAGCAAACCGCCGUGUACUGGUGCGAGUCUGGAUCGGGACAGCUGAGCAACGCCAUCAACAUCACCGUGCACGCCGCGCCGAAGGCCGUGCUGACUGCGUCCACACAGUGGGUGCGUCCAGGAGCCCCGGUCACUCUAAGGUGUGAGGUCAAGCCUUCGUCACCAGGAUGGACGUUCUACUGGUACAGAGCUGUUCCCGGACAGCCCGACACCUACAAAUAUCUGCCGCUGCCUGAGAGAACCCGUGAGACUCUGCGGUCCUCCUACGUCAUCCGUGAUCCGAAACACACGGCGGGAUACGCAUGCAGAGCCGCAUGGGGAGUCCCAGAGUAUUUAACCGAUUACAGCGAGCCAAAGAUGGUCUGGUCUGCAGAGACUUUUCCAGCAGUCGCUCUCACAGUGAGUCCUGCCAGAGACAACCUUUACACUGUCGAUGAAGUCCAGCUGACGUGCACAGGAAGCACUGGCGACUGGCGAGUGAGGCGGUUCAGACCGUACUACCAGUCGGACGUAACAGACUGCUCCGUCUGGGGGACCAUGACCGCGUCCUCGUGUACGUUCAGCAGUCCCCAGUACCACAGAGGAGUGUACUGGUGUGAGUCUGCAUCAGGAAAGUUCAGCAAUGCAGUCAACAUCACAAUACUCGCUACACCGAAGCCCGUCCUGACUGUGUCGACAUCGUGGCCGAGUCCUGGAGCCUCAGUAGUUCUGAGCUGCGAAGUCAAACCCGCAUCUGCAGAAUGGAGGUUCUACUGGAGCAAAGCCGUUCCCGACCUGCAGCAGAACAAUUACAGAUACCAGGUGCUGUCUGACGGCGUCAGCGGGACGCACGUCGUGCACGGAGAGACGCGCACGGCUGUGUACGCAUGCAGGGCUGGAAGAGAAAAAGGACAGUAUUUAACUGAAUACAGUGAACCAAAGUUUGUCUGGUCCGCAGAUCCUCACCCAGCAGCGUCUCUCAUAGUGAGUCCUGACAGAGACAAGCUUUACAUCGUUGACGACAUCAAGCUGGAAUGUACAGGAAGCUCUGCUGACUGGAGAGUGAGACGGUUUAAACAAUCAUACUACAAGGCGGAUUUAUCGGACUGCUCCAGCUGGGGAACGAUGGCCGGACCCUCGUGCACCUUUACCAAUCCCCUGUACCCUAGAGCAGUGUACUGGUGUGAAUCCGGAUCAGGAGAGUUCAGCAAUGCGGUCAACAUCACUGUAGAACCUGCACCGAGGCCCCGGCUGACCGCGUCUCCAUCAUGGCUGAGUUCCGGAGGCCCGGUGUCUCUAAUCUGUGAGGUUAAACCUUCCUCUGCGGGAUGGAAGUACUACUGGUACAAAGCUGUUCCUCUUCUAUCAAAGAAGAGCUACAAAUAUGUUCCACUGCAUGACGUUACUGUAGGGACUGUAAAGAACGUCCACAUCGUCCAUGGACUGAUGCACACAGCAGGAUACGCAUGCAGAGGUGGAAAAGGAAAGCCAGAGCUUUUCACAGAGUACAGCGAACCAAAGAUUGUCUGGUCUGCAGCUUCCAACCCAGAAGCGUCUCUCACCGUGAGUCCCAAGAGAACGAAACUUUUCGCCAAUGAGAAAAUCCAGCUGAGCUGCACGGGAAGCUCGGCCGCCUGGAGAGUGAACAGGUUUAGACAGUCGGACUCGUCCAACUGCACCGUCUGGGGGAAGAUGACCGGAUCCUCGUGCACCUUCACAAAUCCUGAGAGCGACGAAGCAGUGUACUGGUGUGAGUCCGGAUCGGGAAAGUUCAGCAAUGCGGUCAACAUCACUUUGAAACCUGCACCAAGGCCCCUGCUGACCGUGUCUCCAUCUUGGCCGAGACAUGGCGCCUCAAUAGCUCUCAGCUGUAAGGUUGAAUCUUCAUCAGCAGGAUGGAGGUUCUACUGGUAUAAAGCUGUUCCAAAUCGAUCUAAAGGCUACACAUAUAAUCUGCUGCCCGGUAGUAAUAAGGGGACUGUGCAGGACUCCAUUGUCGUUCGUGGUCAGAAACACACAGCGGGAUACGCAUGCAGAGCUGGAAUCGGGAGCCCAGAGAUCUUCACCAAUUACAGUGAGCCGAAGAUGGUCUGGUUAGCAGAUUCUCACCCAGCAGCGUCUCUCACAGUGAGUCCCGCCAGAAAAAAACUAUACAUUGUUGACGACAUCAAGCUGGAAUGUAAAGGGCGCUCUGCUGACUGGAGAGUGAGGCGGUUUAGCUAUUUAUACGGCCAGUCAGACUCAUCCGACUGCUCCAGCUGGGGAGCAAUGACUGGAUCCUCCUGCACCUUCAGCAGUUCGAAGUACCAUGAAUCAGUGUACUGGUGUGAGUCUGGAUCAGGAAAGUUCAGCAAUGCAGUCAACAUCACUUUAAAUUAUUCGCCAACGCCCACACUGUCUGUGUCUCCAUGGUGGCUCAGUCCUGGAGCCUCUGUGACUCUAAAAUGUGAGGUAAAACCUUCUUCUGCAGAAUGGAGGUUCUACUGGUACAGAGCUGUCCCCGAUCCAUCACAGAAAAACUACACACACGAUCCACUGUCCAACGUUACCAUGGGGACGGUAGAGGACGUCUACAUCGUCUAUGGACAGAGACACACAACAGGGUUUUCAUGUAGAGCUGGAAAACCAAACGAAGAGUAUUUCACUGCUUACAGUGAGCCGAGGUUUGUCUGGUCUGCAGAUCCUCACCCAGCAGCGUCUCUCACAGUGAGUCCUGACAGAGACAAGCUUUACAUCGUUGACGACAUCAAGCUGAAAUGUACAGGAAGCUCUGCUGACUGGAGAGUGAGACGAGUUCGACAAUCAUACGACCAGUCAGACGUAUCGGACUGCUCCGGCUGGGGAACGAUGGCCGGACCCUUGUGUACGUUCAGCAAUCUCCAGUACAACGUAGCUCUGUACUGGUGCGAGUCUGGAUCAGGAGAGUUCAGCAACGCGGUCAACAUCACCAUGCACCUUGUGCAAACGCCCCGACUGACCGUGUCUCCGUCGUGGCUGAGUCCCGGCGCCGCGGUGACUCUGCGCUGCGAGGGGGAGCCUCAGGCUGCAGAGAGGAGGUUCUUCUGGUAUAAAGCUGUUCCUGAUCUGUCGCAGAUUAAAUUCAGAUACGAUUUGCUGCCUGACAGCGUCGACGGGACAGUAGAGAACUCCUUCGUCGUUCACAAACAGAAACACACAGCAGGAUACGCGUGUAUAGCCGGAUGGGAAAACGUAGAGUAUUCCACUAAUUACAGUGAACCACAGUUUGUCUGGUCAGCUGAUGCUCACCCAGCAGCGUCUCUCACAGUCAGUCCAGUAAGAGAAAAAAUUUUCACUUUCGACGAAGUCCAUCUGCAAUGCACAGGAAGCGCCGCUAACUGGAGAGUGAAGAGGACGGCGGAAUCGUCCGCCUCGGACUGCUCCGUCUGGGGGGUAAUGACCGGAUCCCUGUGCACCUUCAGGAGCCGCUGGUUCCACAAAGCGGUGUACUGGUGUGAGUCUGGAUCCGGAGAGUUCAGCAACGCAGUGAACAUCACCAUACACCUUGCACCGAUGCUUCGCCUGACUGCGUCUCCGUCAUGGCUGAGUCACGGAGCCUCAGUGAACCUGAGCUGUGAGGUCGAUCCUCCGUCUGAAGAGUGGAGGUACUGGUACGAAGCUGUUCCCGAUAUAUCAAGAAAUGACUACAGAUACGAGCUGCUGCCCGAUCAAGUCAAUGGGACGAGCCAGGACUCCCUCAUCGUUCAUGGACAGAGACACACAGCGGGAUAUGCAUGCAGGGUGGGAUAUGGAAACCCAGAGUUUCUCUCUCGAUACAGUGAACCAAAGUUCGUCUGUUCUUCAGAUCCUCAUCCAGCAGCGUCUCUCUCAGUGAGUCCUGACAGAGCGCAACACUUCACCUCUGAGCCGGUGACACUGAGCUGUGGAGGAAACGCUGCCGAGUGGAGAGUGAAGGUGACGAGAGAGUUAAGCUUCUCGUCGUACACCGACUCGUGCUCCACCUGGGGGGCGAUGAAUGGAUCCGUGUGUAACUUCAGCAGUCCACAGUCCUAUGAAGCAGCGUUCUGGUGCGAGUCUGAAUCAGGAGAGCUCAGCAACGCAGUCAACAUCACUGUGCAAGAUGGAGAUCUGCUCCUGGUGAGCCCCGUCCAUCCUGUGACUGAAGGAGCUCCUGUCACCCUGAGCUGCGUGACGAGAGAACAAGACAAACUCUCCGACGUGAUUUUCUAUCACAACGACAAGCUGAGACAAAACGACGACCGUGGGGAGCUGACGAUCUCCACAGUGUCUCAGUUAGAUGACGGUUUCUACAAGUGUGAACAUUUAGGAAAUGUCUCUCCACAGAGCUGGGUGGCUAUUCAAGCCGUUUUGAAACAGAGCAGCUCUUCAUUUUCUGUAAUGUCGGCCGUCGGGCCGAUUUGUGGAAUCAUCCUUGUUGUUCUCCUGCUGCUUCUGAUUCGCUUCAUAAGGCUCAAAGGUCAGACUUUCAUUUUCUUAUGAAGUGCCAAUGGUUGAUGUUUGAUAAGUCACACUCACUUGCCAGCAAUCUCAUGGUAGAGAUAAACAGAAGAGAAACACUUUGAACAUGUGAUCAUUUUACUUUAAAUAGAAGUAAUCUAAGGUUGUAUUCACACCAGGAAAGUCUUUUGAUCCAGACCAAAAGAGGACUUUAUUUAUUUUAUUUUUUUCGUUAGGUAUGCUUUGCAUUCGAAUUGGACUUUUUAGCAAGCCGACUGUAAUUUGUAAACAAAGUCAUUUGACAAUCGAGGGUCCGGAUCAAGGCCGGUCUGCGUUCACACCCGAAGUGAACCGUGUCAGAAUUCACUUGGACGCACAAAAUGUGGACGAAAUGCCAGGACCAAUGCGGGAAACGAACUCUGGUUCAUUAAAAACCCGACUGAAUGUGUCGGGUGUGAAUACCCCCUCAUUAGAAUAUUAUGGAAUUAGUAAAGUCAACUUUGAAACACUUGCUGAUAUUUUUGUUCAUAAAUUGUGUUUUGCUUUUUGAAAUAGCUACAAAAUGAAAGAGACAACUUUUUGUCACUUGUAGUUAACCUACAAAUAUAUUUGUAUUUAUCAGUUUUCAACUGAUAAAUUCUGCUCUAUUAGAAGCCAAAGUUAAAUAAAAUUAAUAUGUCAUGAUA